CGACGCGACGACAAUGAGAACGUCGCUUAAAAAGUGAAUUUGCGUUCUUUCAGUCUAUGUGGUAAUUAUUCCUACCCACUUACUUUGUCAAAUGAAGGCGAGCCCUCCUGGAGAUGAAUUCCUAGGCACCAUAUCCAAGUACAGAAGGAGAAAUAAAAUUUCGUCGUUGCUUGUUUACUUCCUCCGUAAAACGCGAAAUUAGGCAUGUUCACGUCGUAGUCGUGCAAAAACGGGCAGAGAAAUGUACAAAAAACCAUGGUGCACGUGCAAAGUUGUUGUUUUGCUAAUCAAACCUAUUGUUUUUUUUUUUUACGUUCUCAUUACCGUCCGCGUCGUUAGAUCUUAAAGUCUCUAUUAUUUCUAUGGAAAGAAAUGUACGUGCAGUAAAACCCUGGUAACUUGAACUCUGAAGGAAAACGAAAAACAGACUGAGGUAACGGGGAAUUCGAGUUAUCCGAGUUCGAGUUAACGAGGUUCUACUGUAUCUAGUUUAAAAAGUAAACUACAUUCAUUUCAAAAGCAUUUCGUCAGAAAUGAAAGGGACUGCUGAACUUCUAGACGCGAGUAUUAUUUUUAGUACGAAAAGGUGAAAACAAUGUUGGGAUAAAGGAUAAGUAAUAAUACCUCGUGAUAGCUUUUGUUUCGAUAAAUAAAAUAAUUUGCUUAAUUGAUUCACUUUUGGAUUCAGAGUCAGGCCUGACUUUAACAACACAAAAAGGAAUGUACUUAAGAGACAUUUGCAAUUCAUUUUAGCCGAUCACGGUUUUGCAACGGACUUACGAACUGAUCGGAAUUGAUAGUUUUUAUGUCAAAUUAGUUUUUUAUCUUAAAUGUUACAGAUGUGUGGAUAAUUGUAACGGAAAAUUGAAUCCAUCGGGCAGAAUAGCUCUACAAGGAAUUUGCACCGGGUUUUUGUGUGAAGGAUCUCUUACCUACAAAUGGUUACUUUUGAAAGCUACUAACCUCAGCUACUCAAACGAGACCCAGUGGGUGGAGAUUACAGAGAUACAACAGCUCCUAAGUACACAACUGUAUUCAAGAACGCUGGUCACUUACCCAAGAGUCUUGGAGGCAGAUGAAACAUAUAAGUUUGUGUUGACCGCAAAGAGACCCGGGGGUUAUCCAGGAUAUUCUGAGUACCAAGUAAUCACCAACAGCCCUCCUACUGGAGGAUACUGCCAAGUGACUCCUCAAUCAGGCAUCACUUUAGUCACAGAAUUCUCCUUUUCUUGUGUUAACUGGCAGGAUGACGAUCUUCCUAUGCAGUAUGAAUUUAUUUACUUUACAAAUAGUGAUCUUCUGAAUGUAGUUUACAAGGGCUCACAGCCCAGCCAACACACAAAGCUUCCUCUUGGGGAGAGAGAGAAAAACUUUACUAUGGACUUUCGGGUGAGAGUGGCGGACAUGUUUGGAGCAUUCACUGAAGUUAAGACGCCUGUUCAAGUGAGUACAUGAGCAAUAGAACCUUUAAAUGCCCAAGUUUUAAGGAUUAAAAAAUUGUCAGGAAAGUUAAGAGAGGUCGUCCAAAUAAAACUACGUAGAGAAGGUGAAGAGAGAGUUUUUCUGGUAUUAGCUACAUUUCAUGGAAGUUAAGUUCGAAAAGUAACUUAGUCAUAUCCGUUUUGACGUUUAUUAACACCUCCUUUGGUUGUUGCAAAACUUGUCAUCGUUAUGUUAAAAAAGGACUUGAUGUGAGGUGAUAUAAUUUAUUUCAGCUUCUGUGAUUAUGAUGGUUACAAGGUUAAAAUAUGAUUUAUCCGUUCGUUUACUGUUGUGCAUAUUUUCUCUUAUUUAUUCCCAGUGAAGUCUUAGUGUUUUUUCCCUAAUGUUUUUUCUAGUUGCUUUCACCUGAAGCAGGAAAUGAAAUUUAACAUCAAGCCUAGCAGAUAAAUUACCUCCUUUUGCUGUUAGACUAAUCUUCCAGGCCCCAGUUGUUCAAAGGGUGGAUAACGCUAUCAACUGGAUGAAUCACUAUCCAAUGAAUAAUGCAGCUGGUUUCUCUGACACUAGUCCACUGGAAAGUGCGUUAUCCGGUGGAUGGCGCUAUCCAACGUUCCAAUAAACGACAAGCUGAGCUUAAUUCAUUUUCAUAUACAGACUAUUAUCUGCAAAGACGACUAGCUGAUGACCCAGAACAUGACCAUUCGUUUGAGUGUGUCGACUAUACCAUCGAUUUGUGACUGUUGUCGGCUUUAAUUUUAUGAUAGGUUGUGGAGCCCACUGACGGGAAAGAAAAUCUCGUGGACAUUGCUACAAAUCUGACAACCGGAGAAAACAGUGAAUUAACCAAAUUAAUCCAGUCAGGUGACCUGUCACGUGCCUUCCAAUUGGCCACAGCCGCCAUUGUAGCUGUCGAUGAUAACACGCAGACAGUGUCGCAAGACUUAACGGCAAAAAGGAUUGUGGUAAUUUUCAUAUAAUGACUCCAACAGAAUUCCGUUUUCCUUCUUCACCUUUUGGUGGUGGUAUCUUUUCGAGAAAUAGCCUUGUGGUUAAACACAGAAUGCCAUAAAUAUGUUUUUUCAUUCUUCAACCAAAUAUCAGUAGACCUUUCCGCAUUCACAGCAUUCGGUUCAAGUGAGCCCGCACAAUGAAACUAGACCGAGGUUUAGGGUGACAAUUCCCGAUCCAUACACACGUUGACCGAAUUUUUUUUAUCCCGAGCCCGGAGUUGGUGUUGGAAUGCGUGAACGGUCUAUUUUAUAAAAAAUCUGGUAUUUCUAAUCUUUUCUACAUGCUGUCUGAAUAGAUGAAGUCAAGUAUUUUGCAACAGAUGUCGGCUGUCAAAGCAGAAACUGUGCUAAGAGUCCAACAGAUAUCAAACUUAAUUGCUGAGGCCAGUUCGGUUAUCAGCGAAGUCACAGUUAAGGCACAAGUAAGUGAUUAAUUAAAAUAACUUUAUUAUGGGACAUGGUCAUAAUAAUUCUCUCUUGUCAUAAUAGAAUAACAACGUAAAUCUCUCCGUCAAACCAGACUCCUCGUCUUACGGACAUAGAUUAAUUAAACUCUGUCAAUAAAAGGUUGCUAACAAACCUUUAUUAGUCCUUGACACCUUUCUAUCACCACGUCUUUUGAGGAAACCGCUACGGAUGCCCUUGUGACAAUGACGUCAGUACUAAAGGCGGAAUCAUUGGCCGGGGAGAACUACGAAACGAUUUUGGAAGGAGCGCGUAGUCUAGUGACUGGUCUCGGAAGUAUACUCAGAGUGACGUCUUUUGGAGCAAAAGCGCACGAUUCACAAUACCCUCACCAGGAUUCUUCCAACUAUCGACGGCGGAGGAGUACUAGAAACGGAACGUCACUUGUGUCAGAUAUCUUCGUGAAAAGGCAAAAGAGGAGCACGAUAAACGAAACCUUUGAUGAGAAACUGCAGGUACUAAAAUGUUACGAGUUCAGGGUGUGGGGAAAUGCAUGGGUUGGAUGUUACUGUCGAAGACGGCAGGACAUGAUAAGUGAAGCGAAAGGCAAGGUGCCCCUUUUUCCGUUAUAAUCGCAUUUCUUCAAGAAGAAAUGCAACUCCUUACUACGGGAAAACCCGGAUGGUUUGCUGCCACGCUUGAAUUACCCAUCUCAGGCAUUUCAUCGGGUUAAUUAUUAUCACGCUGUUAGCUGGGGAACAAGGGUGGCGCAGCGCUAAGAGCACUCGCCUCCCACCAAUGUGAUACGGACUGAAGUCCCGGUGUCAACGCGACAAGUGGGUUGAGGUCUCGGCCUGUUAGUUCUCUCCUUUGCUCCGAAAGGUUUUUCUCUGAUUACGCCGGUUUUCCCGUCUCCUGAAAAACCAACAUUUCCAAAUUCCAAUUCCACCAGUAAUCAGGUAGACCAAGUGGAUGUGCUACCUCUAUAUCGUUAUUUAUUUGAUUUAGGUAGUAGUUAUUCAAUUGUUGGUCCCUGCUUCUAGACAGACUCAUGGGCAAACAUAAUCUUAAAGGCCUUCCAGGCGGAGUUAAAGUUUGUCAACUGAAUUUACUUGUAAAUUUUGCUAUAUAGACAGUCACACGACACACUGAUAGGGUAUGGCCAUUUUUAAAAUCAUACUUACAUGAUCCAUUAGGUGUGCGUCCAGCAUACUCUUUCAGUCAGGAAAUUGAACAUGCUGUUUACUCGCCCAGUAAUGUUUCUUCCCCACCAAUGAAAACGGUAUUUCCCUCUUAAAAGAGUAUCUUGAUAAGAAAUUAUGCCUUUUUAAGUCAAAAAGACGUACAGAAGGUAUCCUUGAUUCUUUGGAUGAUGUCGGAAGUACGAUUUUAUCCCGAACGCUGGUCGGAGAGGAGCCAAAAGAACUUUCAGCCAAGUCCGUGACUAUGCUUGUUGCCCGUAUGGAGCCAGAUUCAUUGGCUGAUUCUGUACUUGCAAGCAAAGGAAACAGUUUUACUCUUCCACCAUCUACUGAACUGUUUCGGAACAGUACACAAUUUGUGGAUAGUCAGGUAUGAUAAUGGAGAACAGCUGAAAUACCUGCAAUAUAUGGUGUAGGCGCGAUUGAUGGUUUGAAUGCAUCCAUUUUGUUACUUUUAGCCAUGAUUAACACACCUGAACAUGUAAAGUAGUUAUAUGAAGUGAAUAAUUGACUGGUUUAUGAUACUACAGGCCCCGACUGGGAAACGAACAUGAGCUAAGUAAGAAUAUCAGAUUUUGCGUGUUUGAGCUUAAAUUUUCCAAGAGUUAUUAAGAAUCUUCAUCAGACGCCAAUUCGGUCAAUGAUAAUUAGAUUAUAAGGAUAAGAUUGACCUUUAUUGGGUCCAUACAGCCAUUUUUUAUCUUAUUGAUGUUCUAAUAGAAUUCCCUUUCUCAGAUCAGUUGUAUUUUUCUUGAAAGCCUCUGCUCUUUUAUGCUUUAAACAGGUGAUAACAACGGAUUAUGUGCCUUUCUCUUGGGACGCCUCUGCUUCGCGAGUCACCACUAAAGUUUCAAGCCUUGAGCUGAAGAAUAGUAUCGGGCAUACCUUCAAUAUAACAGACCUUAAGAUUCCGAUACUGAUCAGCCUCGCUAAUGAUCAGAAUUUUACUAAUACCUCUCAGUCUCAUUUCGUUGGAUCCAACAAGACUGUUUACCACAGGAUUAAUGUAACGACAGAAGAGGUAGCUCUCUUACUCAAGAUACAACCAGAAAGUAGCGCUAGCGAGUUCUUAGUGUAUGGGAAAUACAAUCUAAGAUCGUCCUCAGUCAACAGUGAUUUCAACAAGACAAUACCCGACUUUUCGUCGUGCGUUUACGACCAUGUAUUAGAUAGUUAUGUCAAUUGCUCUCGUGAUCCGUACAUGGUUGUAGUGGACAGUGCAUAUGUCAACCAGACAGGAUACUACUUCAUUGGAAUAACAUUCAAGUCCAGAACGUCUGGUACCAAGAGAGUCAGACGAUGUGUAGGUGGUCAAGGGCGGUUCAAGCGAUCGUGCGUUCAAUAUAAGGAGCCUCCUACCACAAGUGCUGCUUUUCACAUACCUCAGUACCUGCCAGGGGACGAAAACUAUACUAUGCUGGUCAUACCGGCUGCUUGUCUGUACUGGAGCACGGCGCUGUCUAAGUGGACAACAGAAGGAUGUAACGUAAGAAAACCUAUAACUACCUCUUCUACUAAGAAAAUCCUAUAAAGUGGAUCAACAGUUUGAGUAGACAUUUAACGCAGAUAAACUGUGUCUUAUUUGACAGAGAAAGAAAAUUUAAAGAACGUUAACAGAACAUCGAAUUUAAGCAUUUUGAGGACUUUUUUUCAAAUUGUUGGAUAAUUCUAUUUUAUUAGAAACGAACACGGCCAUUCAAUGAUCACAAUUCAAUUUACAACUGUUCUACAAAUUCUCAAAUUCAAAUCAUUCAUUGAAAAAUAUUUCAUUUGCAAAAACACAAAGUUUUCUGGUGAGGUUAACGCAUUUGCUUUUACUCAAUCUACAGGUAGCUGAAACUUCAGGCGAAGACUCUAUCCACUGUUCUUGUAAUCACUUGAGCGCUUUCGGAGGUCAGUUGUUUGUGGCACCAAAUCCCAUUGAUUUUGACAAGGUCGUGACGGAAUUCUCUCGUCUUCACGAGACUGGGAAUGUAGCUGUGAUUGCUGCCAUCGGCUGUGUUUUUGGAGUGUAUUUGCUCCUUCUGACGUGGGCUCGGAAGUAUGAUAAGCUUGACCACCUCAAGGUAAACGAAAAUUAGACUGCAAGCACGGACGGACUACAGAAAAAAGAGAGACUGCUCGUAGUCUAAACGAAAAUUUCAUUCUUGCAGCAACAGAAAAGUGAAGGCACUCGCACUCGCUUGUGAAAGUUUUAAUACUAUAAAACACUCUAGCCUUCUAGUAGAAAGUUUACCCCGUUUCUCUUACCAUUUUUAGCGAGUAGAAAAGAAAGGAACAUUCUUUUAGUCGUACUUUUAUCUCUGCUCUUCCUGUAGCUUGGCAAAAGGUCGCUCCUAGGAGUUCGUUCACCUUGGGCCCACUUCUACGAGGUUGAAAUAUCCACCGGUUUUUGGCGAAACUCGGGAACCACUGCUAAAGUUUUUGUGAUGUUGGAGGGUGAACAGGGAACAAGCCGUCCAUAUCAGUUGAAACUAGACUCUUGCAUACCAUUCGCACGAGGUAGUGUUUUAUCCUUCACUCUUUCAGUACCUGUGGACAUUGGCCCCAUACGGCGGGUGCGCGUAUGGCAUGACAAUUCUGGCUCCAGUCCUUCAUGGUUUCUCAACUACAUAAAGGUCAGGUCUUCAAAUAAUCUGUUUUUUUUUUUUAACCUAAAUCAAGCUUUAAGUGAAACGUGACGUCAAUCUUAAUACGUCCUUCAGGGCUGUCACUGAGGGCCUGGGCCGGGAAUUUGCCUUGGCUGCUUUCAUGGAAAAUGAAAGGAAAAUAGAUCAAAGGAACCUGUUAGCUGUUCAAUUCCCCUCCUACUAAUUGCAUAUACCCUACAACUAGGAAUAGUUUCUCUUGCUUAUAAACUAACGUAAGCAAACCGAAUGACUCUCUUUGUAAUACUACAUGUCAUUAUAGGCAAAAAAAACCCAAAAGUUGCUUUUUGCAAGCUGGCAUAAAUAAUGGUCGUUACAUACAGAUGCACAACCCAAAAACAGCAUUUUCUAAAGGGGUUCGUCUGUUUUCAAAGGGCGGUGUUUAUCGUUGUUUUCCUCUUACCAGCGUCCAUUCAUUGAGAUUGUCCUUCGGAUUAAGUUCUCUUUGUAUAAUAUGUCAUUCUUUUUUUUAGGUUUUUGAUGUAACUGCUCAGACACUAAUGAUUUUCACGUGUUACUUGUGGCUCGCUGUGGACAAAGGUGAUGGACUUGUCGAUCGCACCCUCUCAUCGUCGACAAAUGAGAGAGGAGUUGACUUUACGGUUUACGUCCAGAAUAGGAUUGCUGAAGAAUUCAGCGAUGAGCAUUUGUGGUUUUCUGUUGCCACCAGAUCUCCGAGCCACAGAUUUACACGUGUUGAACGCUUGUCGUGCUGUUUAUCUCUUCUACUAUGUGAGAUGCUGGUGAGUGCUAUGUUUUACCAGCUUGAUACGAAUAUGAGCAACACACAAGGCACGAUUCGUUUGGGUCGUUUCGUGCUUGACCUUCGUGAGUUUAUUAUUGCAGUACAGAGCCUUUUUAUUGUACUGCCAGUUAAUCUAUUGAUCGUGAUGAUCUUUACUCACGCAAAAUCAACGAAAGAAGAAGGAUUUGCCAAAAACCUUGACAAUCAGAAACUUAAAUUUUCUCUACCACACUGGUGUGUCUACGUCGCAAGGCUGAUGUGCUUUCUAGCAGCCGUUGGUCCUGCCACCUUUCUCGUCUUCUACAGUAUGCAGUGGGGCAAGGAUACGAGCGAACAGUGGUUAAUUUCAAUUGUGAUUUCACUUUUCAUAGAAAUCUUUGUAUCCGAACCACUUAGAAUCAUUGUCGUCGCAUUUAUGCUGUCACACAUUUUUGAAACCCGUGUUGAGAGCUCCUAUCAGACGCCCUACUAUGUUGAUCCUGUUCUUGAUGUUGAUGAUAUUCUUUUAACUGAAGAAGGUCAAGGGGAGGAGGAUCUUGAAAUACCGAAGCCACCAAACAAGAAAAAGCUACAACGUUCUCGGAAAAACCGACUAAGGGAGCUUCACAUGUUCAAGGCUUUGAGAAAAAUAGUGUCUUACAUCGUCUAUUUGACUAUCCUUCUCGUGGUGUGUUACGGCGGACGAAGUGAACAUGGCUUCUGGAUGACAGCCUCUGUUAGUGAAGCGUUUGGAAACCUAAACAAGGUAAGAGUGAAGGAAAUUGCUGAGGGUAGUUCUGAACAAAACUACACUCAACAACAUGUGCGGAAGUUAUCAUCAUUUGUAUUACUAACAGUUAAAUAAUGGUGUACUAUGACAUUAUGUCUAUUUCAGUGAAUAAAGAGAAUUCGUCAUUGUUGUGACGUUUUUAACCCAUAUGCUUAUUGUGCGCCACUGUUUUAGAUUUCAUCUCACGUGAGCACGUGGCACUGGGUACAAGAAGUCUUGGUACCUGGUCUGUUUCAGGAUGGAAAACAACAACAACAAAACGCCUCUGGCCCUUAUGUUGGUGAUGGAGAAGCAGUUCUUGUCGGGAUGCCACGUCUUAGGCAGCUCAGAGUGAAAAAAGGUUUUCGUCUUAGUUUGUUACUGAAUCUUAACGAUGAGAGUUAAGUUGCAAUCGAUGGUAUCCCGGUAGUUGGACGGAAGACAAUCAUACCAGACGUAGUUAAUCGAUAGAAAUCGAUAUCGAUCGAUUUAAUCCGCUGAUUGAUAUCGCAAAUCGAUAGAAAUCAAAGUAACAGAAAAGAUAAUUUAACGAUUAUAAUUGAUUAACAAAAAUCGAUAACAACAGGUAGUAGUCGAUAGUAAUCGAUAACAACCAAUAAUCUUGAAGUGAAUAUUCUGAAGAUGACGAUGCUAUUUGGCAAGCAACACCAAUGAAACCGGCUUAAGCGUAACACAUUUUAUUUUUGACUUCAGCAACUACCCCAGGCGCAGUCUUCGUCACGUUCCAUUUUUUGUUUCUUUCGUUUGCUGGUUUGUUUUAAUAGAUCUUUACGUGUCCAUUCAAUCAUGCGCCAUCGACUGCAUCUUGCAGUUCUUUGUUUUGCAUUCCUUGCAAUCUCGCGGACACUGGAAUCCAAUGGAAUGGCAUGCUCCAUGCUUAUGGAGUUGCUACAGCGAAAUAGAGUUAUUUCCUGCUACUUUCGCAGCAAUUUGUUUCCUCGUUAUAAACUGCGCUUAAGCUAAAAAAUCAAAACAAAGAGCAAUUUGUUCCUGUUAGUGCAUAUCACAACUGAAUGACUCAAUAAUACCGUACGGACAACGUCGUGUUAAUGUUGAACUUCUACCGAAUGACUUAAGUCUUUUUUCAUAAUAAUCGAUAGUAAUCAGUAAUAAUCGAUAAAUCAAUCAUUAAGUCACAACUUUUUUCUUUAUUGAUUUCUAUCGAUUGAUAUCGGAAAUCGACAUUCAUCGAUUAUUGAUAUCGAUCACUAUCGAUUAUUAUAUUAUUAUCGAUUAUCGGUUUAUCGAUUAACUACGUCUGGAAUCAUAACACACAACUAUUCAGUUGAAAUUUAAACUUGAAUUUGUUGUGAAACCAUUUUCAGAUUAGGGUAGAUAUCACCAGUCUCAUACCUCGUCAAAAUAUGCUUUCGUAUCGUUAAAUCUAUUUAUCCGUCGAAACCACCUUGUGACAGCAGACAAUUUUAAAAUCCCUUUCUCUGUGGAGAGUAGUUUUUGUGAGUUUUCUUUGGUAUUCUUGAAUGCUUCUUGUUGGGAAUCAAAAUCACGUCCUCUCUUUUUCUUUUCAGAUUCGUGCGAAGUUCCUUUUCAAACACGGAAUUUGUUCAACUCGUGCGUGAGCUCCUAUUCGUCCAAAAACGAGGACGAAACCCAAUAUUACUUACCAAGAUGGCGACUUUUAUCAUCAACUGAAAACGUGUUAUUACGCGAUCUCGAUCAGCUCUGCCCUACUGCAUGGCAGUAUGCCUCAGCACAGCAAACCUGUAGUCUUCAUUUUUGGGGGCACCUUUAUCCUUUCUGCAUUUAUGGUCGUGGAGGCUACCUGGCAGAACUCGGUUACGACAAUAAUACUGCAUCGAAAGUCAUCUCUGAACUUAGCGAGUUAAACUGGAUUAACAGAUUUACAAGUGUGUUGUUUGUGGAGUUCACAGUGUUUAACCCAGGGGUUAGCCUCUUUAGCACGUUAACGAUCGCUAUUGAGUUCUCACCGAGUGGGUACGUGCUUUCCAAUCAAGUCAUUCGCACUAUGCAUGUUUAUGACCUUGGUGGGGGGUACAGCACUGUUACUAUCCUCUGUCAAGUGUUACUAGUGUUUUUCAUCAUUUACUUUAUCGUCACUGAAGUAAGGCAGAUGAUACUAGGUGUUCGCCAAUACUUCAAACAAUUCCUUAACUUAGUGGAGUUAGCGCAGACAGUUACAGUCAUCGCUUUUGUUGUAACUCACGUCUUGAAAGAAACAGAACUCUUUGAGAACACAGCUAAGCUCCAGGAGAACGUUUUCCAGUUCAUCAGCUUUGAUAAAAGCGUUCUGUUAGAUACUUUAGAGUCGAUUUUCGUCUCGUUGCUGAUGUUUUUCAACACACUAAAGCUGCUGUAUUUGCUCAAGUUUAAUAGUCACGUGAAUCACUUGUUUAGUGUCAUGAAAAGAUCUGCUUUUGAACUUCUACACUGCUCGUUGGGACUUCUAGUGUUCAUGUUGACAUUUAUUCACACAGGAUAUCUUUCAUUUGGGAAAGAUCUUGAAGCUUAUUCGUCUCCUUUAACGGUUUUACAAACUCUACUUGUAGAGGGCGUUAUCGGUGAAGGGACCAACUAUUUUCAAGACUGCUGUAUCCUUGGGCGUGUUUAUAUGUUGGCCUUCAAGCUAGGCCUUAACUUUAUUUGCAUCAAUUUUUUCAUUGCCGUUCUUGAUGAUAACUACCAAAUUGUUAAAGAUCUUUCCAAGAGGAAAUUCAAUCUUGGGUUGUUUAUGAUAAAAAAGAUGAAGGAAAUGCUGGGCUGCGUUGGAGCCGAGACGGAGGCAACUAUACAGCCAGACACUCCCGUGGAAAGAAAGAACAGAGAGCACAAAACAAAGGAAAUUGAAGUUCUUAACUUCAACGAGUCGAUAUUAACGCCUGAUGUGCAUUUCGAAGAAAGAAUGAAGCAGAUCAAUCAAAGCUUGAAUGAGAUUUAUGCCGACGAGUUUGGUGAGGACAGCGACAUACUUCGCUUGUGGCUCGACAUUCGCCCACAACAGUUUAAAGACUCAGAAGCUACAGACGAACUUGAACAAGAGCAGAAUUAUCAGUGUGUUCUCGCGUGA